UAAAAAUAGUGACAGUCACUUCGGGUGAAUUAAAAUCGAUCACUUGUUAGUGUUUGUAGCAAAAGUAGCCAUGGUGCCAGAUUUACACGUACCUUGAAUUAAAGACGCACCAUGACACACUACAUCCACCUAAAAAUAGCAAAAAUUUUGUCACUACUCCCCUUGGAAAACAAGUACAAGUCGUACCACAAAGCCCACGGAAUUUUAAUCAUAGUGUGUUUGUUGGCAAUGUUCGCCGGAAACAUCUACUACCGAAUCUACUACUACUACCGCUACAUCAAAAACAUCCGAAAACUACUUGACGCCAUGAUCCACACCUUCACCACCCUAACCAACGUCAACUCCAUCCUAGUAGCCGCUUUUUUCCACCACAAACACUGGAUUCUACUCCUCAAAAAAAGCAAAACCCCUUUACUCGUCACGACCUGCUUCAGCAACACCUUCUUCUACAUUUUGGAUUUCCUCUUCAUCUUCUACACUUUCUGCGAAAUCAACUACUACCGAAAAAUCAACACCCGCAUCAUCACGUACUUGAUUCCCUCCUACAUCAACAUUUUCAUCAUCCUGAUGUCCAUCCUCAACAUCAACUACUACGCCAACGAACUCAAAAAUAUGUUGUCCACUUUUAGACUAAAUUUGAAAAGCGAAAAAAUCAAGCUCGACGAAAUUAUCGAAAAAGAAACCAAUCCUUACAUCGUUUCAAAAAAGUUUGCUUCUGAGUCCCGGACUGACGACCAUUUCAAGUACUUCGUGGACAUUUGCUACAAAAUGGACGCCUUUAACAAGAUCUACGGCUGGCAGAUUCUUAAUUUUGCCGCGGUUCUUCUCAUUUUUGCCUAUGAUAGUUUGAGCACGGUGUUGAGGGAGUUCUUCAGGGAAGACCCGAGUCAGAUGCACAUUCAGUUGUUGUUGAUUAAGAUGCUCAAGUGUUUCAACUUCUUGAUUUUUGGACUCUUGUUGAUCAAGCCGUGCUUCGCUUUUAAUAGUCAGAUGGACAAAGUCGUGGUUCUUUGUCGGAAGAUUUUGAUCAAUCUUCCCGAAACGUGUGACAAUGGGUUUUGUCGGUAUUUGAAGUUGAAGUUGGUUUUUUUGUUGAAACAGAUUGAGAUGAAGAAGCCGUAUUUUUCGGCUGCUGGGUUUUUUGAGGUGGAUUAUGUUAUGUUGGUGUAUAUUUUGAAUGGGAUUACGUCGUAUUUGAUGGUUACGUUGCAGGCGGCGUAUUAGCAAAAUUUUUUCUAUUGCGUCUUACUCAUUAAAGUUUUUUUUAUGUUUAUUGGCACUAUUGUAUGAAAUUAGUUGUCAUAAUUUUUAUUUAGACCUUACGCAAUAUCUAAUUAAUAUUAUCUGUUGAUUUAUCGAGUUUCACUACCGUUUCAUCUUUAAAAAUAAAUACUCGUUUUGCGCAAUUUAGCUUUAUUGUUACGAGCAUUUUUCUGAAAAUUAAAAAAAAUCACA